AUGUGCACCACCAUCCUGCUCCUCGGCACGCUGGUCAUGAUGCUGCGGCGCCGCUUCUUCAACAAAGUCGAACCGAGCGAGGAAAGCCGUGCAGGUGCGGGAGAAGGUGUCAGGGCUGCAGGACUGGUUUAUGACUCGGCCACUGUGUCCUUGCUGCUAGGAGCAAGCAAAACCUUGAGGGAGGAGCCUGGGCAGACCUCGUACCUGACCGCCAUUGUCACCACCAUCAUCACCACCAUCAUCAUCAAAGUGUGGCCGGUGCUGCCGAUUGCUGUGUUCAAAGUCACCUUCAUGGGCUGUGCUGAGGCUUGGCCAGAGCUGGUUUGA